GCCACGCGCGCCACGCGCCUGCGCCCGGGCUGGGCGCGGAUUCCGGCCUAGUGCGUCCGCGGCGUCGGCCCAGCCCGGCCUCGCAGCCAGCGCCACUUCGACGACAUGUUCGGCGUCUCGUUCCGGGACCCGGCCCUGCUCCUCGCCAUCACUGUUAUUGGGGUCACUGUGCUCCUGUUGGCCCUGAAGAACAUGAACUUCAAGAGGAGACAUCCUAUCACCUUACAGGACCCUGAAACCAAGUACCCUCUGCCCUUGAUUGAGAAAGAGCAAAUCAGUCACAACACCCGGAGGUUCCGCUUUGGACUGCCAUCACCAGACCACGCCUUAGGGCUUCCUGUAGGUAACUAUGUUCAUCUCUUGGCCAAAAUUGAUGAUGUUUUGGUGAUCAGGGCUUAUACGCCUGUGUCCAGUGAUGAUGAUCUUGGCUUUGUGGACUUAAUCAUAAAGAUCUACUUUAAAAAUGUACACCCUAAUCAUCCAGAAGGGGGGAAGAUGACUCAGUACUUGGAGAACAUGAAAAUUGGGGACACCAUCCUUUUUCGAGGGCCAUCCGGGCGCCUGUUCUAUCAGGGGUCAGGGAAGUUUGCCAUCAAGCCGUACAAAAUGAGUGAGCCUGAAAAUAAACUGGUCCAUCACCUGGGAAUGAUUGCCGGGGGCACAGGGAUCACGCCCAUGCUGCAGCUCAUCCGCUGCAUCACCAAGAAGCCCAGUGACAGGACCAGGAUGUCUCUCAUCUUUGCCAACCAGACAGAGGAGGAUAUCUUGUUGAGAAAAGAGCUUGAAGAAGUUGCCAGAACCCAUCCAAAGCAGUUCAAACUGUGGUACACCCUGGACAGGCCUCCUGUUGGCUGGAAGUACAGCUCAGGCUUCAUUACCGAGGAUAUGAUCAAAGAGCACCUCCCGCCUCCUGGGAGGUCCACAUUCAUCCUGGUAUGUGGCCCACUAGCCCUGAUCCAGACAGCUGCACACCCAAACCUGGAGAAACUGGGUUACACCAAGGAUAUGAUUUUCACCUACUAACACCUCCCUUGCUCUGACCAAAUUUGUCUAGUCGCCUUCAUCUUUCUAAGUGAGCUCAGCUUCACCAUGUUAAACAGGGAAGUGACUUGUAAUGCACCUUGGGUACCUGGUGCUCCUCUCUUUGGUGUGGGGUGAAGAAGAAUGCAAGAGGAUGGAGAGAGUGGGUUCCGGUUUCCUUGCUUGGGGGAGGCCUGAGGAAUUUCAUUUCAGUAUCCCCCUCCCCAUAGCUUAUUGAAAUAAAGUUAAGUGCAGGAGA